AAACUCUAGUUGUGACGUCAUGUCGUGGAUGCUAUCAUGCCGUGACGAAGACAUCCUACAUAUUCGAUCAAAACAAAAUGCAACUUUGUAAUUGUUCUAAAGUCUAAUUAGAACCAUUUUCAAUUUUGAGCCGAAGAGAGAAGCCAAAAUGUUGGCAAUAGGAGCUGCCGCUACCGUCGGCGCGUUCGUUGCUUAUAGAGGAUUUUCGUAUUUCCGAAGGCGACAAGAACAUCUGAUCAAUUCUAUAGUAAACGAUAUUAUGAAUGAAAUGGGGAAGGCUGGAACCGUUUUAAUCCGUGAUCAAGUUGGUGUGAGAGAAAAAUUGAAGUCACUCAUUGCUGGGGGGGCCAAAAAUAUGCAGGGAAUAUUUGACUUUGAUGGAACAAUUACAAGAGGGGUGUACCAAGGAGAAAGGGCACAGACGAGCUUUGCUGUUGUUGGAACUUCUGAUUUAUUGCCAGACUAUGUCCUGCAAAAGGAGAAAGAAUUACGUGAAAAGUAUUAUCCUGUUGAGAGAUCUAAUGAAACGAAACCAGAAGAAAAAAGCAAGGCAAUGGAAAUAUGGUGGAAAGAGAUAUUUGAUGUUUUUAAAAAUGCUGGAUUGAAGAAACAAAUGAUUCCUGAAAUGGUUAAAAAUGGAACGUCUGUUUUAAGGGAAGGUGCAGUUUAUUUUCUGAAGAGGUUACAUGAUGAAAAAAUACCAGUUUUGUUUUUUUCUGCUGGCAUUGGAGAAGUUCUACACGAAGUGUUUCGACAACAAGCAGCUGAUUCCAAAAAUGGAAAUUUCUUCGACAAUGUGGCAAUUAUAUCGAAUGAGAUAAUAUGGGAUGACGAGGGAAAUAUGACGGGCGUCGAUGAAAUCAUUCACUCCUGUAAUAAAGGACUUUUUGCACAGUCUUUGCAUUUCAAAAAUUUAGUGAAGGGAAGACACAACGUUCUACUUAUGGGUGACAACGUUGGAGACGCAGAAAUCAUUGACAGCGUUGACGAUAUCGAAACAUGUUUAAAGAUAGGUUUUCUCAACGAUAAUGUAAAUGAGUUGAGAAACGACUUCGAGCGACAUUACGAUAUCGUGAUCGCUGAUACAGAAUCAAUGACGCUUGUUUUGGUGAUAUUGAUGAAGAUUUUAGAUGGAAAAUGAAUCAGGGAAACAGUGGCUGAUCCGGAGAAAGUCAAUAUAAAUCACAACAGCUCAAACUUGGAUAUAUUAACAUUUGAAACUGGCAAAAACAGGGAUAGAUUCACUGGCGUGCAAUAUAUUAUUACACAAAGCAAAUAAACAAAAGCAAUUGCAAGAGAUUUAACAAAAAAGGUCUGCAUAUCGAAUGGCAACAACCACUACAAACCGCUAAAAUUUGAUCCGAACUAAAGCAGUCAAAAUCUAUCCUUGACGUCACAUAAAGCAUUUUCUAUUGAGAAAAAUUUAGUCUUCUUGAAUUCAUAUCUGGUACUAUUGCAAUCAAAGCAUUUCGAAUAGAAAAUUGAGCUGUUAGUGUUUAUUCUGACGAAUGCUGGAUCAGCCCCUUUAAAAAUAUGUGUUACAUUUUCUGUCAUAUUGAAAUACUUUGCCAUAUAUUUUUUCCAGUUGAAAUUAAAGUUUGAUGUGUGUUCAUUAA